UAGAUCUCUCUCGCUCAACAAAAUUCCUCAGCUCGAGCUCCCUGACCGCAACCACUCAACCACCCAGCAGGCCCAGCACCACCGCGUCUAAGCAGGUGCCGCCUCCGCCUCCGCGUCCUUGUCUGCGGCGGCUGCAAUGGCCGACCGCGUCUACCCCGCCGCCAAGCCCACUCCGCCGCCCCUAAUGGCCAACGGCGGCGGCGGCCCGGCGGCGCCCAAGCCGCAGAUGUAUCAGCGCCCCAUCUACCGGCCGCAGGGGCAGGCGAAGAGCAGGCGCGGGCGGUCCUGCCGGUGCAGCUUCUGCUGCUGCUUCUGCUGGGCACUGCUGGUGGUCAUCCUCCUCGCGCUAGUCGCCGCGGCCGCGGGCGGCGCCUUCUACCUGCUCUACCGCCCGCAACGCCCCAGCUUCACCGUCUCCUCUGUCCGCCUCAGCACGUUCAACCUCUCCUCCUCCACCACCGCGCCCGUCCUCACCGACUCCAUCCGGCUCACCGUCACCGCCAAGAACCCCAACAAGAAGCUCGUCUAUUUCUACGACGACUUCUCCUUCUCGGCCGCCACCGCCGCCAACGCAGUCCCGCUCGGGGACGCCACCGUGCCCGGGUUCGCGCAUGAAGCCGGCAACACCACCGUUUUCACUGCCACCAUCACCGCCGCUGGUGUCACCGUAGAUCCCAGCAGCGCCGGCUCUGACCUUAAGAAGUCCGGUGCUUUCUCCGUCGCUAUAGAUGCCGACACGCGGGCCGGCGUCAAGGUCGGCAGCCUCAAGACAAAGAAGAUGGGCAUCCAGGUGCACUGCGAGGGCAUCAAGGUGACGCCACCCAGUCCACCUCCGCCACCGCCGAAGAAGGUAAAGGGGAAGAAUGGCACCGCCCUGGCUCCUGCGCCUGCGUUGGACAACGCCGAGACGACCGCGACGGUGAGCACCGCCGCGCACUCGUGCAAGGUCAGAGUCCGUGUGAAGAUCUGGAAGUGGACCUUCUAGGUAUAAUGCCAACUUUAGGGACUGCCAUGCAAAACAUUCAGGAAACAUAUUUUUUCACUUUAUAUUGGAAAGUAGAGACCAUGAAUAUCGUCGGUGUAAAUUCCCUCAAAAGUUUAUUCAGUUUUUGUUUUUGGUUUGGAAUUUUCUUAAACAUAUUUUUGGUGCAUGUAUAACUUGGUGAUUUGUUAUUUGUAAGAUUACGAUUCGAAUAAAUCGAAAUUAGUCACUUGCUGGUUA